AUGAAGACUUCAACAUUCCUAAUUGCCCCUCUUUUGAUUUCUUUUUCUUCAGCAAGUUUGAUUGGCAGAAAUAAUGGUGCAAUCGCAGAAGUACAGAGAUCGGGAUAUUUAACAGAGGCCGGUGUGCAGCAGGCAGGGGGGCCUAUCGCUCGAAAGUAUAUCAGACGUGAUCGAGUACGCCGUCAGAUACCCCAAUUGCCUAAAGUACCCACCGAAGGUGUUCCAGGAGCGCAGCCACAGCUUCCUGGAGUAAUCCCAACUGUUCCUGAAGUCGCGUCGUCAAGUGUGCAGGCAGAAGAACCAGCAACUACGGUAUUGAUGGUUGCUCCUACUACAGCACCUAUCGCCGUAGUACCGGUUGUUCCUAUUGCUGAACCGGUUGUACCGGUUGUACCGAGCGCUGCACCAGUAGUACCAGUGGUACCUAUUGCUACACCCGUAGUGCCGGUCGUUUCUAGCGCGGCGCCAGUGGUACCGGUUAUUCCUAGCGCGGCACCAGUUAAGCCAGUGAUACCGGUAGUACCAGUUACACCUGGUAUGCCAGGCGGCCCAGGCGGUCCAGGAGGUCCAGGUGCUGCGCCAAUUGUUAUCCCUCCAGGAAGUGGUGAUCUCCCCGGUCGAACACCAACCGGCCCAGUCGACGAGCCCCUAAAAGUCGAGGGAGACCUUCCACCAGGAUUCUCUGUAAUUGGGAGUGUAACUGCCCCUUCAGGUGUCCUAGAAGAGCCAGUUAAGCCAAGUGCCGCUCCAUCAGCAGUAGUUCCAAGCAACGUGGCUACAGUGGCACCUGUUCCAGUUUCUAGCGGUGCUGCAGGACUUCCUCCCGCUGUCCCAACUUCUCAACCAGCCGAUGGACUCCCUACAUCCGGUGCACCAGAGCUCCCCGCUGCUACCACUGGUUUGGCAAAACUUCCUCUCACUAGCGCUCCGGCCAAUGCACCAGCGUCCAGCGUUCAAGCUAGCCCACCCCUCUCGACCGUUCUAACAGGACUCUUCACAUCAAGUGCUCCUGCUGCCCUUCCAAUUCCUUCCACACCAUCCCAGGUAGUUCCUGUAGUCCCAGGCUCCGGAAACCCCGUUGCCGGCCGUCCAAGCUUUGGAAAUGUUCAACCCGUAGUAUCCUCAGCUGUCGCUGAACCAACCCUUCCAGCUCUUCCCAACGGAUUCAGCGUUAUUUCAAGCAAUAUCCCAGCUGCCGCUGCCGCUACCGCAGGAAUGCACGACUUUAAUCGAAAUACCGCAGGGAGCCAGGCUUCAGCUACUUCGAGCAGUCCGGGUGCGGGUGUUACGCCUACUGGUCUAGCUGGACUUGAUAAUGGUACUGGGGUAGCUGGGAAUUUGCCAGCCGGGUUUAAGGUUAUUGAAGCGCCUGCGGCGACUACCCUUGUUAGGAGAGUUCGACGUCGGUCGAUUCCACAGAAUGAUGAGGAGCUUAUGUAUCGUUACGGAUCUAGUAAAUAG